GCAAUGUGGCUCUGGAGGCAAGUGUAGGCUACAAGGAAACCACUCUACUAGUGGUUAAUUUCUACCUUCAACAAAAUCUGGAGUGAAACUACUGCUUAAGAUGAUGUCCAGCAGUUGUGAUACGAUAAGUUAAUUACAGAGGAACAGCCCGAUGGCUGCCGUUAGCUUUGGCUGGAUUGCAUGGAUUUGUGAGGGGAAGAUAGGUGAUAGUGUCUUCUGAGCAGCACAGCUGAAAUACUGACACUCUCCUGCAGUCUAGCAUGGGAGCAGGAGCCUCCCUUUCAAUUUGCACGUCAUUAUCUUCUGUUCAAGUCAGGCACGCAUCAAAUAAAGUCUCACCAGAUCUACAGUUCAGCGGAGAAAAAAGCACAUUUGGUGUUCCUCUGGAAACCCUCAUACAGGAUGCAACACCUUGUGGAGUUCCCUUUCUUGUGAUGCAGAUGGUGGAAUACCUAGAAGUGUUUGGUCUGGAACAUGUUGGUAUAUUUCGAAUCGGUGGCUCAAUAAAUAAAAUCAAUGAAUUGAAGCAGAAAUACAAUCAAGGGGAAAAAGUAGACCUUAUUAAUGAUGGAGAUGUUGAUUCUGUGGCCAGUCUCCUGAAACUCUUUUUGAAAGAACUACCAGUGGCUGUUUUUCCAGACAACAUUUCUUCUGGCUUGCUAAAAACUUUCCAAGAGCACAAAAUCCACACAACAGAAUGCAUAGAGAACCUGAGACAGUUGCUCAGCUGCUUGCCUAAAGCCCAUCAAAACCUUCUUCGGUUCCUGUUCGCUUUCCUGUUAAAGGUAGCAACAUACAGUGCAGUGAAUUUCAUGACUCUGGAAAACCUUGCCAUUGUGUUUGGACCUGUUUUGUUCAAGUAAGGGAACCAAAAACAUAACUCGUGGAUCAAGUAUCUGAGUGGCUACUACUCCCUACAAUUUCUUUGCUGAGCUCCACUCUUCUAUUAGCUUCUACUGUUGAUUUCUUUCUGCAUCUCCACUGAAGGAUUUAUAUCUGUUGCUCUUCAUCCAUCUUGUGAGCUGUUUCAUGUCCUCCUAGUCUCUGUUAAUGCCAAGGAGAAUGAGUUGCUCUGAUUUUAUCAGAAAUUUGACUGAUGUUGCUUAAACUUCUGUAGGUACUUUCUUAUGUCUCAUUUUGGUAAAGAGAUUUCUGUUGUUCUUGCAUGAAUGCACAAGGGUGCCAGCCAGCCAGCUGUUUGCUUCUACUCACUUUGAUUCAUUCUUUCUGUAAAUUUGCAGCAAGCCUCAUACACAUGCCUCUGCCAGCA